UGCGCCGUCAUCACGGAAUUCGCCCGGCUCCAGCUGCAGCCCAAGGGCAUCCGGGUGGUGCUUCCUGGCGAGGAGCAGGCGGACGCUCCGGAGAAGCCAGAGGGGGAUGAGGCGGCUCCGGCCUCCGGCGGCUCCGAGGUUCCGCGCACGGCGGUGCCGGGACAAGUGUGCGAGGGCGGGCUGCGGGUGCUGGAGGCGCUGGCGGCCUCGGGGCUGCGCUCGGUGCGCUUCGCACGCGAGGUGCCGGGGCUGCGCGCCGUGGUGGCCAACGACGCGGCGGCGCGGGCGGCCGCGCUCGCGCGCCGCAACGUGGCCCUCAACGCCGUGGGGCACCUGGUGGCCRCCAGCCAGGCCGACGCCAGGAUGCUGAUGUACCAGAGCAGGGCCAACCGGGAGCCCUUCGACGUCAUCGACCUGGAUCCCUACGGGAGCCCCGCGCCCUUCCUGGACGCGGCCGUGCAGGCCGUGAGCGACGGCGGGCUGCUCUGCGUCACCUGCACCGACAUGGCCGUGCUGGCCGGCAACAGCCCCGAGACCUGCUACAGCAAGUACGGCGCCGUGUCCCUCAAGGGCAAGUUCUGUCACGAGAUGGCGCUGCGCCUGGUGCUGCACAGCCUGGACCUGCACGCCAACUGCCACCAGCGCUCGGUGACGCCGCUGCUCGCCGUCAGCGCCGACUUCUACGUGCGCGUCUUCGUGCGCGUGCACGCCGGCCAGGCCGCGGCCAAGGCCUCGGCCAGUAAGCAGGCGCUGGUUUAUCACUGCGUGGGCUGCGGGACCCACCACCUGCAGCGCCUCGGCAAGGCCACCAGCCACGGGGACAGCUUCAAGUACGGGGUGGCCACGGGGCCACCCGUGGGCCCCACGUGCGAGUUCUGCCAGCAGCGGCACCAGCUGGGGGGUCCCAUGUGGGCAGAGCCCCUGCACGACGUGGCCUUCGUGCGGCGGGUGCUGGCGGCGCUGGACAGGAGCCCCGGGCGCUUCGGCACGGAGCAGCGCAUGCGCGGGGUGCUCAGCGUCAUCACCGAGGAGCUCAGCGACGUGCCCCUCUACUACACCCUGGACGGGCUCAGCAGCACCCUGCACUGCAACACGCCGUCCCUGCUGCAGCUCAGGUCCGCGCUGCUCCACGCCGGCUACCGCGUCUCGCUGUCCCACGCGUGCAAGAACGCCGUCAAGACGGACGCGCCGCCCGCGGCGCUGUGGGACAUCAUGCGCUGCUGGGCCAAGCUCCACCCGGUGAAGCGCGAGCGGCUGGCGGAGGGCAGCCCGGCCGCCCGCAUCCUGGCUGUGGAGCCCACCCUGCAGGCCUCCUUCGCGCUGCGCGACGACGCCAACCCCAGCUCCCGCAAGAAGGGCCUCAAGCGCUUCCCCGAGAACCCCGAGGCCUUUUGGGGGCCCAAGGCCAGGGCCAAGCCUGGCGGGGGCAUCUCCCCAUCCCUGCAGGAGAAGCGGCAGCGGCACCAGAACAAGCGGACGGAGCGGCCGGACGACGGCAGCACCCUCAGGAACUUCCCCUGCAAACGCUUCAAGGAGGGAAGCUGCUCCCUGGGCUCCCGGUGCCGCUACUCGCACGAGGCAGCGGCUCCCAGCCCCGACGGCGCCUCCUGCUCCCAGUAAAAGCUCCCGG